CAACGUCGUUUUAAAGCUGAUUUAGCUGCACAAGAAAAUAAUUUAGAGAUGGAUAUUAAAGAUUUAAAUGAUUCUCGUGUUGUUCAGCAAUCAAAUGCUCAAGUAGCAGCUGCAAAUACGGACAAUGAAACUGAUAAUGUAAAUCGUAUAACAUAUGAUGAAUUUUCUGUAUUAGUACGACGUAUUGAUCGUAUGGAAUCGUCAAUUGGAAGUAUUGUUUCAAAAAUUGAAAAUGUUUUAACAAAAUUAGAAUUAUUAGAAAAAGGCAAAAUGAAACGACGUGAAGCAUUAACAAGAAUUCUUAAUAAUGUUUCAGAAGAUGAUAAACUGAGUAAAGAAAUGAAACAUGAACGCUUAGAAAAAAUGAUUCGUGAUGAACUUGAAGAAACUAAUCCUGCUCGUCAAACAUCAAAUCAAAAUGUAACACAAAGAACAAAAACAUCAAGUACACAUGGAAGUGGAGAUUCACAAUAA